CUCUCUCUCUCUCUCUCUCUCUCUCUCUCUCUCUCUCUCUCUCUCUCUCUCUCUCUCUCUCUCUCUCUCUCUACCCUCUUUGCAAGGACCAAAGUUAUUCAAAGAGCUGAGGACAAGGCAUUUCUGAUGAGCUUUUAUCUCUGCCAGUCAGAACCCUCUUUACGAGGGACCAGUCUUGGUGCAUAGCGUUCUUAAACCCUCAGAACAAUGGACACAUUUUUCCGCCGUCAUUUCCGGGGAAAAUGCCGCCAGGCAAUCAGACGGCGGCACGCCAGCGUGGCAGUGCCAGCGAGUAAAGUGCGGCGCCGUUCAAGCGCCGGUCUGCCCUCUACAGAUCUCAUGCAGAGACGUAGGUCCAGUGUCCAACUUCAGGCAAAUGCUGUGGUCCAUAAGAGUAGUGCUGCUACACAAAAAAAUGCAAUCACGCAGAAACAUUGCUGUAUUCCUGCUCAGCUGCUUGGCCCAUCUCUUUUACUUGCCAGCGUCAUCCAAAUGAGUGAAAAGAAGGAAACAGAAGAAGGAGGUGAGGGAGGACAGUCCACUGCUUCAGACUCGCAAAGCAACAGCAGCUGGGAGGAUCCUGAAGAGACAGAGGUUGAGCCUUGUGCUUCGUGGUUAACUCAGAGUAUGUUAAUAGCAGAGAGAAUUCAGCCCCGCCCCUUCAUCCGUGCACCACGGUGUUUACGCCGAAACUCCUCCCACUUGCUUCCAGCCGAGGCUGUGUAUCACAGCCCCGGCUACCAUGGGCUGUACGGACGUUACCGGAGAAACAGCCAGGCAUGGAGGUCGGCAGAUGUGGGGGUGGGGCAUGCAUGGGCAGGGAGGCGGAGCUCGGUGGCGGCUCGGGCUUACAGGAUGGGCUCCCCCUUGUGGCAGGGAAUGUACUACAAUCCAGAAUCGGACACAUGGAGUGGGUUCCUCUCGAAGGCCAUAGCUAAGUCAGGGCUACAGCACCUGCCGUCUCAGCCCACCAGUUCACUACUGGCCAAGUGUGACUCGGACAGAGAGAUACGCAGCACUGUGGACUGGAGCGAGUCAGCACUGUACGGCGAGCACAUCUGGUUCGAGACCAACGUCUCUGGAGAUUUCUGUUACGUCGGAGAACAGUACUGCUACGCCAAGACACUGCAAAAAUCUGUUGCUCGAAAGAAAUGUGCUGCGUGCAAGAUUGUCGUUCACACCAUCUGCAUCGAGCAGCUGGAAAAGUUAUCUCACAGGAAGUCUUCGCUUCAGGGGGAAUGGCUUGAUGAGCUGCCACACAAAGAUCCAUCUUUCAGAAUCAACUUCAGGUGUAAACCAUCGUUCAGGGAAUCGGGCUCUCGGAACAUCCGGGAACCUACUAUAGUGCGACAUCACUGGGUCCAUCGACGGCGGCAAGAGGGGAAGUGCAAGCAGUGUGGAAAGGGAUUUCAGCAGAAGUUUGCUUUCCACAGUAAAGAGAUUGUGGCCAUUAGUUGCUCUUGGUGUAAACAAGCUUAUCACAACAAGGUGACCUGCUUCAUGCUGCAGCAGAUAGAAGAGUCGUGUUCGUUAGGAGCUCAUGCAGCCGUUAUAGUACCUCCUACAUGGAUAAUACGUGUCCGCAGACCUCAGUCCUCACUAAAGUCAAGCAAAAAGAAGAAACGAACAUCAUUCAAACGCAAAUCAAGCAAGAAGGGAGCAGAGGAGUCUCGAUGGAAGCCGUUCAUUGUGAGGCCCAUUCCUUCGCAGCUGAUUAAACCGCUGCUGGUGUUUGUUAAUCCAAAGAGUGGCGGAAACCAGGGGGCCAAAAUAAUCCAGUCAUUCAUGUGGUAUUUAAAUCCACGCCAAGUCUUUGACCUGAGCCAAGGUGGUCCUAAAGAAGGCUUGGAGAUGUACCGAAAAGUCCCCAACCUGCGUAUUCUGGCGUGUGGUGGUGACGGCACGGUUGGCUGGAUCUUGUCCACUCUGGAUCAGCUGCAGCUGAACCCUCAGCCUGCUGUAGCUGUACUACCUCUGGGGACUGGAAAUGACCUUGCCAGAACCCUCAACUGGGGUGGGGGUUACACAGAUGAACCAGUGUGUAAGAUCCUCUCCCAUGUGGAGGACGGGAACAUUGUGCAACUUGACCGCUGGAACCUGGUUGUGGAGCCAAACACAGAGGCGGGACCAGAAGAGAAAGAUGAACAGGUGACGGACAAGCUUCCCCUAGAUGUUUUUAAUAACUAUUUCAGCCUGGGAUUUGAUGCUCAUGUAACUCUGGAAUUUCAUGAGUCUCGAGAGGCAAACCCAGAAAAAUUCAACAGUCGCUUCAGAAACAAGAUGUUCUAUGCUGGGACGGCCUUCUCAGAUUUCCUCAUGGGGAGUUCGAAAGAUUUGGCCAAACACAUCAAAGUGGUGUGUGAUGGUGUAGAUUUAACAUCUAAGGUCCAGGAGCUGAAGCUGCAGUGUUUGGUCUUCCUCAAUAUACCCAGAUACUGUGCUGGAACGAUGCCAUGGGGGAACCCAAGUGAGCAUCAUGACUUUGAGCCUCAGCGCCAUGAUGACGGUUGCAUAGAGGUCAUCGGUUUCACCAUGACAUCACUGGCAACGCUACAGGUCGGAGGUCACGGUGAGAGGCUUAAUCAGUGUCAUGAGGUGACCCUCACUACUUACAAAUCAAUCCCCAUGCAGGUGGACGGAGAGCCAUGCAAACUGGCGCCUUCCUCCAUCCACAUCUCGCUCAGAAACCAAGCCAACAUGGUGCAAAAAACCAAGAGGAGGACCUCUAUACCUCUGCUUAACGAUCAGCAACCGAUCCCAGAAAGGUUACGGAUCCGAGUGAACCGUAUCAGCAUGCAUGCCUAUGAAGAUCUUCAUUACCACAAAGACAAACUUAAAGAAGCUUCAAUCCCAAUGGGGAUCAUCGUCAUCCCUGGAGACAGUGACCUGGAAACUUGUCGUGUACAGAUUGAGAAACUGCAAGAGGAAGGUGAUGAGACCAAAUCCAAAACGCUGUCAUGUCAGAGAUUGUCACCAAAGUGGUGCUUUCUGGACUCAACCACAGCGGAUCGAUUCUACAGGAUCGAUCGAGCGCAAGAACAUCUGCACUAUGUGACUGAGAUCUCUCAGGAUGAGCUGUUUAUUUUGGACCCCGAGCUGGUAGUCACUGAGAGUGUGAGCACGUCACCCGGCAUGCCUGACUUGGUAGACUCGUCUGCAGAGAUCUCUUCAGCUCAAAACAAAUUUGCCUUCCCAUCAACCUCCUCGUCUCCUCCUUCCUCCCCAAAACCCAGGAUUGCUGAGCUGCAGAAGGCAUCUCAGAGGAAGCGUGUGUCCAGCGACAGCUCUGUGGCCGAAGCUCUGGCACACAGCGACUCGCUUCGAACAGCCAAGCCAGCACUGUGCAGGGCAGGGGGUAUACACCGCUCUAACACAACCGCAGCCGAUUUCAAUCAAGCUAACAGGUCAGAAAAGAAUGCUGUCAGCGUCAGUAGUCCAGUGUCAGCGGAUGUGCUUAUUGAGUGUGUGAAGAACAAAGACCAUCAGAAGCUAGAGGAGCUCCAUAAACAGGGAGCAGACCUGUGUGUGCAGGACUCAGCAGGUCGAACCUUACUCCACCAUGCAGUGGAUGUGGCCAGUAAAGACAUCGUCAGAUACAUCAUUGAUAACGCACCUGUUGAUAUAUUGGAUGUGACAGAGACAGAAAACGGCGAGACGGUGUUGCACAAAGCUGCCUCGUUGUGUCAGAGGACGAUCUGUCACUACUUAGUGGAGGCUGGAGCUUCUCUUAUGAAGACAGAUUUACAGGGCGAUACCCCGAAGCACAGAGCAGAAAAAGCAAAGGACCCCGAGCUGGCAGCGUAUCUGGAGAAUCGGCAGCAUUAUCAGAUGAUCCAACGCGAGGACCAGGAGACAGCAGUCUGACCUCUGACCUUUAACACACCUUCCCCUUUAGUGUCUGGAGCUGUCUACAUGUGCCAAACCAAUAAAGUAAAUAAGAAUGGACUAGCUCAUAAUAAAAGGCUCCUUUAUAUAGGGUGAAUACAUACUGUAACUCCUAACCGACUCUAGAGCUAAGAGACACAUGUACACACGUUAUGAAGAGAUCUGCAGGUUUGCCGGCUUGACUAAAUUUACAUCCAUUUCACUGUCAUCAUGUAUCAGUGUGUCUGUGUCAGAAUGUAUGGAGAGGGCUGGGGUUUUCUUUCAGUCACUAAUCUGUGUGGCUUUUACAGAGCAAUCAUUCAGAUUAAUACAGUUUGUGUAAAAGAGUUUGUUGAAUGUUGUCUCAAGAUGGUAUGAGACUGUGAAUCGAUGUCUGAAGUGAGCUCUCUGCAGCACUGAUCACACAACUCAAAAUUUCAAUUUUUAUGUUUUGUUAAGAAUAAUGCUAAUGUUAAUAAGGAGAAUACGUUUAUUGCUUUGCAGGAUCUUACAUUUCAGAGAUUUACUGACGUAUUUGUUUAUCCAAACUAAGGAGUGUUGAAAACUUACAUUUUAGGAUGUGGGGUGCUGGCUUUCAGCUCUCACUGCACUGAAAACAUUUGGAGCCUUUAGUGGCUUUUUUCUAGCUUUGCUUCUUCGUUGUUUUAUUUUCUUCUCUUCUCUUCUGGAAAGGUUUCCUUCUAAUAACUUUUGGUACUGUAAGUGUAUCUUAUUAGGUUUCUGUCUGAGAAACCUUUGCACUGUAACUAUCAUUGCCUUCUUUAUUCCACUCAUGAAUUUCCUGAUUUAUAAUUGUUGUACUUAAGUUACAGUUCAUUUGUAAUACCCUUUUAAUAGUAAAUAGAUGUUUAUAUAAUUUAUCACUAUAACAUCUGACUUGUUUACUUGUCUUAUUAUAUUAGAAAAUACUGAAUAUUUAAUACUUUAUUCUUUUUUGAAUGCAGAUCACUUGAUUUUGUUCCUAAUUUUCCGCUCUUGAUUUUUUCUGGAUGGUCUCACUGUAUAACAGAAUUUUAUCCUUAUAAUCAACGCUUUAUCUUAACACACCAACAUGUGAUGAUGCUAUUUAUUUUCUAUAAUGGAUAUAUGUCUAAGUUAAAUUAGAUUUGAAACUAGAUAUUACUCAUUAAUUAAUUCAGAAAAAUUCAGAUUUUCAAAGAGGGCACUUUCUUGUGUCCACUGUACAGUUCUAUCUUAUAUAUUUAUUUAUAUAGAUACACACCCACACCAAAACCCACACAACCCCAAACACACACACACACACACACACAAAAAGACCCAGAAAGGAGAUUUCUUAAAUAGAUCAUUUCAAUGGCCAUGUUACACAAACUAGUAUUGGUUCCAUUCAAGUAGAAAACAACAAUCAUAUUUUUUCAAAACGUGCUUAUCCUACGUUAUAUAAUAACAGCUCACACACUUAAAUCUUCAACAAUGCAGCAGCUUUGACAUUUAACUUUUUAUAGAGGUUUCUAAAAAAUAACCUUUUUAUAGAAGCUUUCUUAAAUAAGGCCUGAUGAGGUUUGAUAUUUCCACACUGACAGUUUGAUAAUAUAAUAUAAAAUGAACCUUUUCUAUUAAAAAAACUAUUAUACCACAGCACUCUUGAAUUCUCCAAUUCGUCAAAAGAUUUUGAUUACAUUUCUCUAACAGCAGAUCUACAGUAGUUUGACUGCACAGCAAAUCACAGGUUUAUACUAAAGCAGAACAAAAUUCAUUUCGCGUUUAUGCCACGUGACUGAAAUCUAAUAAUAAACCGAUUUUAAAAAUGGAGCUAUGGAUACGUUUUUCUGUGAUGGUUUCCUAUAGAAGCUCUUUGUUGCAGUCAUAUGUAAUGCUUUGAGGGCUGUAGAUACUGUAAGGGAAACAAUAAGAGAAACUAAAAUGUUUUGCGACAUAAAACCUUUUGCAACAUAAAAAUUGACAUUCCGUUCUUUAAUACAUUCUUUACAAAUGUUUAUUGGUAAAUUGCUGUGGUAUAAAAGGAAUGACAUUUCUGGAUAGACUAUUAUUGGAAAAUAAUCAUCAUUGGGAGGGCAAAACACCACCCCGAUUUAUUCCCUAUUCCUUCUGCAUUCGUUCAUAAUCUGUCGAGUAAGUGAUUACUAGAAACUAAUUUUUAUGCCAAAUUUAAAUGACUGCAUGGAUGCAUAUUAGAGGUGCCUAUGUAAAUUAUACUAUAACAUAGUAUUUUACUAUAUGUGCUGCCAUAGCAAGCACACAUUACGUCGUAUUUUUAAUAUCAUAAAUCUAUAUACUAAAAGAUUUUUUCCCUAAAAAACACUUUUUUGUUUUUUAGCAAGAAUAAUUACAGCAAAUAAGACAUGGAAACUAGUUCCAUAAUUACAUUUAUUGCUUCUCUUUUAGAUGAAAAUAUUUAUUUUGUGUAGUAUGGAAAUAAUAAUCAAAAGAGCGGUGUGAUUUGACCUGAAGCUCAUUAUGUUGGAUCUGUCCACAGUUGAUAGGAGCCAGCAUGAGCUAUAGUCCCUGCAUCUGUUAACUUUUCUAUAGUUAAGAAGCUGAACUGCACACAGUGCCUUCUUAAAAAAUCCACAAAAUGACACAGACUUCAUGUAUUUUUAGAUUCCAGUAACUUGCAGAGAGAUAUUAGUUCUUUCAAUGCCCAUCUAAUUAAAAUAUUAAAUAAUAUAUUCAUGUUGUCCCCCUUUCCUAUGUACUUAUUAUGAAGUAAGACUUUACUUUUUGUAAAGGUUUCUAAGUGAUGUAUGAAAGAACUUCAGACACCAUGGGGGAAAAUGGCUGCCUCUUAGGGCUUUAUAAAAAAUGUCCCAGAAUUGAUCCGUUUGAAAUAAGCAUUGCUCUGCUUCUUUGAUUGCCUUGCAAAAACAUUUCCUAUAAAGGUGUGCAUGUAAUCUGGUGCAAUAGGCCAUUUGGAUAAAUAGAAAUAUACUGGUUUUGUAUUAUAAUUACAGAAUAAUGGUGAAUACCUAGAAAUGCAAUGUACACACUAUUUUGUUUCAGUGAAUUGAUUCUGGUGGUGUUUGCUUCCAAGACUAAUAAAGAAUAGUAUUUCAAGUAUUUAUUAGGAAAUAGUAUUUAUAUUUUCUUAGACUAUACUGUAAUUUAUCUGAUCAGGGUAUAUAUUACUAUGAUACACAUGAUACAUGGAACAUGUCUUUUUGUCUUUUUUUUUUUUUUUUUAAAUCUGUUGAUUUUGUUUAUAUAUAAUGAUUCUCACAUUUUGUAUAAACUCCAGCUUCAACAGCUGUAUCUUGUGAUGCCUAUUGUCUACAUCAGGAGUGUUUAAAAUUCAGGUCUUGCAGGACCACAAAUCUCUAGGGAUUUGUGUCACAAAUUUAGCCCAUGAAGGCUUUAGUAAUUAGCUAAUGUGUUGAUUCGGGUGUGUAAAAUGUGUUAAAUGAGGUAGAAUGGCAAACUCUGCAGUGCUGUAGCCCUACUGGGGAGACACCCCUGGAGUGGUUUUAUUAUGUAUGGUCUAGCUCCAACUUUUCUAUCAUUGGCAGUUGUUUUAUUUCAUAACCCUUUUCAGGUUUUUCACUUUUGGAGUACCCUUAACUGCUCUGGGUGAGCAAAAGUAAAAGUAUUUUUUUAAGAGUGAACACAAGUUUGUUUUAUUAUGAAACCAGUUCUUUUUCACAUUAGAGUAAAACUUUUGUUUAGGUUUUUUAAAAUAGAAUUUUAACCUCUGCUUCUGUGGAGUCAGUUGCCUGAUAUCACUUUACUUCGCUAAGAAAAUACAACAUUACUGUCUACUGCAUGUUUGUACAUGUUUACUCCAGUGAUUACAUUGCAGGUGAGGGUCACUAUUAUAGAUGAUGUCGUAAUCCAGUCCAGAACAGCACACUCCCUUAAGGCAAACUAAACACUCCCACUUCCCCUUAGUUUUAGAAGAUAGACCUAUCUAGUACCCUCUGUGUCCGCUGACUCACUGCCUACAUGCCUGUGGGCUUGUAAUGGAUCGCCAGUUGAAAAAACAGGAUGUACAUAUUUCACACAAACACUUAAUAUCUUGAGAUCAGGCAUAACUAUUUCCUUCAACAACUAUCACUAUAUACUUUCCAUAUUAUGUAAAAAUACAUUGCCAAGUAUGUAUAUAAAUAAUUAGUUUAUUAUAUAUUAACUAGACCUAACAUAAAUGUUGUAUUAUGUUUUUUAGGCUUUUUUUUUGUUUUGUUUUGUUUUUUGCUUCUCCCUGUUAAAUCUCAUUGUUGGAAAGCGUACAGUAUUUCCCAAAACCAAUCUUCUAAUGCCUAUUGCCUGUAUUCUGUAUAAAGAAAUUUCAUUACACAUGAUACAGUGAUUCAAGAUAAAACGUUGUUUUCUGCAAUUAUUUUAGCACUGAAGUUUUAUUUAUUUCGUUUUUUUCUUUUUUCUUUUAGCGUGACCAGUUUUUCUGCUUGGCCUUUGAAAGAGCUCUGUCUACAUGAUUUCACACACUUAUCCUGUUUGUACCUGAAUAAGAUUUAGUACUGAAUUGUUACAUUGAACUUAGGUCUUCAAUAAACUUACCAAUACAAAUUA